AUGGAUUACAUAAACAUUUUGAUUAAAGGAACCCUAACAGCUUGCUCUAAUGUCUACAGUUAUGAAGAUAUUCGAACUGCCCGUAACCAAAUCGAUAGAAAAUAUGAUCAUUUAACGAAAAUUAUGGAAAAUGAAGAGAUUGAGAAAAAACAGCUUCGCCAGCUAUGUCAGAAUCAAGAAAUGGAAAUUCGAAAUUUAAAGGGAGAGGUAAUAUUACCUUGUUUUCAGAUGCACUGCUUACGAUGUGAGUUGAAAUUAAGCACUCAAAAUGAACCAGAAGAACUGCAAAAGAUCAAAAAGAUUCAAAGUUUUAUUCGUGGCUGGCUAUGCCGCAGGAAAUGGAAAGCGAUCGUCCAGAAUUAUGUCAGUUCAGAACAUAGUGAUAUUUUGAAGAAACGGAAUGGCAUUUUCUUUCAAUUGUACGAAUCAGAACGAAAUUAUGUACAACAAAUGUCCAUUCUUGUAUCUUGCUAUUUGAGACCUUUAAAGAUGGCGGCAAGUUCUAAAAAGCCUUCGGUUACUCAUGAUGAAGUUAAUUCAAUCUUUCUAAAUUGCGAAACCAUUUUAUUUCUUCAUCAAAUUAUCUUGAAAAUUCUUCACUCCAGAAUAGAAAACUGGCCUACCUUACAAAUUGGCAAUUUGUUGGAUGUUUUUCUGCCCACAUUAGCCAUUUAUCAAGAAUAUGUCCGCAAUCAUCAUUAUAGUUUGCAAGUCUUAGCUGAAUGUAAAAUUAGGCCAACUUUCAAUAAAUUAUUGUGCCAGUUAGAGCAAAAGCCAGCCUGCUUGGGAGCUAAAUUAGAAAAUUACUUAACCUACCCUAUGCAUGAGGUGCCCAAUAUAAUUGUCACAUUGCACAAGCUAUUGGCUUUCACACCUCCUGGCCAUGUUGAUAGGAAAUCAUUAGAAAAUGCUCAGGGUGUACUCAAUGAAAUUGCUAGGGUAAUGCAAGAUGAGGUCAGCGAAACUGAGAGUAUCCGAAAGAAUCUCUCCAUCGAAAGAAGAAUUGUGGAAGGAUGCGAUAUUUUAUUGGAUGUAGAACAAUGCUUACUUCGUCAAGGUCCUCUCAUUCAAGUAUCGCUGGAAAAAACCAAAGAUGUCUCGACUUUAAAAAAGAAAUUAGCAGCAAAGACUAAAUUUGGCGAUAAAAAUAACCCAUCCAUUCGAUUAUGCUUCCUAUUUACCAAACAUUUAAUUAUUACCUCGCAUUUACAAAGUGGCCGUCUCCAUAUUGUUAAAGAAUGUGGUAAAAUUCAAUUGUCCGAAGCAAUACUUGAAGAAGAACUCGAUGAUGACGGUAAGAUACUCUAUGUAUUCAAUAGAAGCAAAUUUUUACAAUUUAAACUGACGAUUAAUCCUAGCAAUUCAACGCCAUAUUCAGUUGUAUUUGCUGCAGCCACGGAAAGAGAGAAAGCAGCAUGGACAACCGAUAUUGGCCAGUGUAUUGAAAAUUUAUCAUCAAAUCAAUACUCUGCAGAAGAUUCUACCCCUCGUUUUUCACUCAACUCUGAUCCCGACUUAUUUGAAGAUAAUUCUGAUAUUCGAUUCAGUAAAGUAUUAAAUUCUUAUAAAGUGCCGCAGAUUCGCCAUGCAAGCACUACAAAGCUAAUCCAGCGUUUAUUGGAUUUGCGAUUUUUAAGCGUAGACUAUCUUAAUGUAUUUCUGCUUACUCAUCAUGUUUUUACAACCAGUGAGCAUGUUAUCGAUGAACUAUUACAAUUUUAUAACAGUUGGAAAGGAAAUAGCAAUGGAAUUGACAAGCAUAACUUUGAAUAUAUCUCGGAUAAUUCAGCUAGUUUCUACGGCCAGGUCUCUUUUUCUAGUGAAUCGCCGCCAACAUCGCCAGAUGAAAUUGCUCUUCCAACUUUGCAUUACGUUCGAAAUGAUACAGCAGGUCGCCGCCAUAGCUCUGAUCAUAUCUUUUAUGCUCAAGGUUAUUCGGACGAUAAAGCAUUUCGGCCACGUUUACUAACCAAUCCAAUACCAACAACGGUUAAACCCUCCAAACAGCGUAAAUCACCUCGUCGCCAUCAGCCAGAUUUGAUGGGCAAUGUUAACGAAUAUCUUACCAAUACGCCGCCAUUAGCUUCUGUUUUAGGGAUGGUAACCACAACCACAUCCACACCAACAUCUUCGGUUAAUUCAUUAACAUCUGCCUCGUCUUCUCCUCUUUCUCGACCUAAUAAUCUACGACUCUCCAUUUAUAAUGAUAAAUUAGAGUCAGCUAUGAAACAAGGAUCGAAUAAGAAUAACACUAGUCUUUCAAGUGUUAUGAAAUCUUCUAAAAGUUUAAAUUUCUCCAAUAAGUCAACAUCUAGUAAAGAUAGCCCGACGACUCCAUCCUCAUCUUCAUCGUCGUCAGGUUUUGGAUGGAGACCAUGGUCUAAACAAGUAAGUUUACCUUACCUCUAUCGAUAUCGUCUGCUAAAAAUUUUUAAGAGUUGGCUUUCUAAUCAACCUCAGGAUUUAAUAAACGAUGAAGUUUUAAAGAAUAGAGUAAUUGAAUUUCUAACCGAUGCUUGCAAUGAUGCUAGCACAAUCGGCUUAGAAGAUAAACUACCAAAGGCCAUGAUCAAAAUUAUGAACUCUCAAGAUGUCAGCAUUUAUGCUAUAAUGUCACUUGAAAAGCGCUUUAAUGUUACAUCAGAUGAUACAACACUUGAUGAGAUUCCUGUUCUUGAAAUGGCUGAACAAAUGUGUCUUUUGCAUUAUUAUAUCUAUGCAGCAAUCGGUUCAGGUGAACUGCUCCAAAAAUCUUGGAUGAAAGGUGAUCGUGAUACUAAAGCACCAAACGUUCUUCGGGCAAUCCACUACUUUAAUCAUACUAGUCGUUUGGUAGCUACUGAAAUCUUAAACCGUUCUCAACCUGCUGCUCGCGCUGCUGUAAUUGAGAAAUGGGCUCAAAUUGCCAAUAAUUGCCGCUGUAUGAAUAAUUUCAACACUGUUAUGGCUAUUGUUGCUGCUCUUACCAAUAGUAGCAUUCAUAGAUUAAAGAAAACAUGGGAAAAAGUGUCAAAGCAGGAAAAGUUAAUUAUCAAACGAUUGGAAGAGUUAGCCAGUGCUGAUAGACGAUUUAAAAAUGUAAAAGAGGCUUUGCGAUGCUGUCAACCACCAUGUGUACCCUAUCUUGGGUUAUAUCUAUCCGAUUUGACAUUCAUGGAAGAAGCUAAUCCUUCAGAAACUGAUGAUCAGUUGAUUAACUUUUCCAAGCUAAGAAUGAUUGCACACCUCAUUGAAGAGAUUAGGAUCUAUCAAGGAACUCCAUAUCGUAUGCGAUGCUUACCAAAGGUCAUGAAAUAUAUUUUAAAUGCUAAACCAAUUAACUGCGACAAACAAUUAUUUGAAUUAUCAUUGCAACUUGAACCUCGUUUAACGUAA